GGUCCUGACCAGGGCUGAGGCUGAGUCCUUGCCCUCCUGUACUCCAUUUUUGGCCCUUUCCAGAAGUAGUCAAAUAGGAGAGAGGACUGGGCAGCUCGGCUGACCUCAGCCCUCUACUGAGCUCCCCACCCCCUCUCUCAACCCCAGCGUUUCAGCUAAGAAAGGAAUGUCUUGUAGGGUGGGGCUGGCCCAUGUGGGCAACCCAAGCUCUGAGGAGGGCUGGGAUCGCUCAGGAUGAGCUCUUUGCCUAGAGCCAUGUCUGUCUCCCCAGAACUGACCCCUCAGAAGGGCCACCUCCUGAGAUCCACAGAGAACGCAUCCCCAGACAGUGAGCGCUGCUUGGGAGGCACCAGCCCUUCAAAAAAUGUCAGCAACUUCUCAGAACCCUGUGUUGCCAAACGUUGUGUCUGGGGAAAACUUCAGCAGAACACUGACGUGGUCAUUUUCUUGGCCAUCUUCUUCAGGUUUAAACGCAUCUCCUGCCCAUUGUACCGGGGUGUGAUUUCCUGCCGGUCUUUUUAUCUGACCAGCAGACACAGAGGCCACACUCGCCGAGGCCGAAAAAGACUCACCCGGCACAGACGGGAUGCAAAGAUGGCCUUGCACCCACAGACCGGAAGGUCUUAUGGCCAUCACAAAGAUGGAAGUGAGCCACAAGCUGAAGCCACAGCCCAGGAUAUGGGGAAGCAUUCUUCCCUGGGCAGGGUGGGCCCAGAUGUUUGCCCCAUUCGAGGGCUGGGGUCUCAGGCUCGAAGACCCCGAAGGGGUGUAGGGACUACAUCUCCCUCAAGGGGUCCUCGCCCUGGUACCCUCAUGCCUGCAACACGAAGUCGUACAAGAUUUAUCCACUGCCGGGGUCAACCCCCUCGGACCCACGUCAGCUCCAAGAGACCCAAACGGUCCAGGAUUCAUCGAUGCCACACUCGGGUGCCAGGCUGGACCCAUGAGAAACAGAUGGGGAGCAGUAUCGAGGAGGGGCUCCGGCCUGAACUAAGUCGGCUGGACCAAGAUGCAGACCUCCUGGAGGAAGAAGAAGCUGCCAGACUCCCUGUGACCUCCUUUGAGGGGCUCUUUCUGGAAGGGAACAAGCAGCCCAAUCCUGGUCAGGGCCCUUUCUUUUACAUCGGAGGUACCAACGGAGCAUCAAUAAUCAGCAGCUACUGUGAGAGCAAGGGCUGGCAACGCACUCAGGACAGUCGUUGUGAGGACUACAAGUUAAAGUGGUGUGAGAUCAAGUGCAGGGACAACUACUGCAGCUUCCGGGAAGGCCAGCAGUUGCUGUUCCAGCUCCCCAACAAUAAGCUGCUUACUACCAAGAUCGGGUUGCUCAGUGCCCUGCGGGAGCAUGCACGCACUUUGAGCAAAGCCAGGCUGCUGCCCAGUACCCAAGCCAAGGUCCUGAAAAUGGAAGAGUUUUUUCCAGAGACCUAUCGGCUGGACAUCAGGGAUGAGAGACAGGCUUUCUUCACUCUAUUUGAUGAAACCCAGAUAUGGAUCUGCAAGCCCACGGCCUCCAACCAGGGAAAGGGCAUCUUUCUGAUCAGGAGCCAUGAAGAGGUUGCUGCCCUCCAGGCCAAGACCCAGAGCAUUGAGGACGACCCCAUCUACCGCAAGAUGCCCUUCCGUGCACCUCAGGCGCGGGUGGUGCAGAGAUACGUUCAGAACCCGCUGCUGCUAGAUGGGAAGAAGUUUGAUGUGCGCUCCUACCUGCUCAUUGCCUGUGCCGUGCCCUACAUGGUCUUUUUCGGCCAUGGCUAUGCCCGCCUCACCCUCAGCCUGUAUGACCCUCAUUCCAGUGACCUCAGUGGUCACUUGACCAAUCAGUUCAUGCAGAAGAAGAGUCCUCUGUACAUGCUGCUGAAAGAGAGCACUGUGUGGAGCAUGGAGCACCUCAACCGAUACAUCAAUGACAAGUUUAGGAAGACCAAAGGCCUCCCCAGAGAUUGGGUCUUCACCACCUUUACGAAGCGGAUGCAGCAGAUCAUGGCCCACUGCUUCCUGGCCGUCAAGUCCAAGCUGGAGUGCAAGCUGGGUUACUUUGAUCUCAUUGGCUGUGAUUUCCUGAUUGAUGAGAACUUCAAGGUGCUGUCUUGGGAAGAUGAGGUGUGGCUGCUGGAAAUGAACUCCAACCCUGCCCUACAUACCAAUUGUGAAGUCCUGAAGGAGGUGAUCCCUGGAGUGGUUAUGGAGACCUUGGAUCUAGCUCUUGAGACCUGCCAAAAGAGCUUGCAUAGUCAGAAGAUGAUGCCUCUGCUGUCACAGCGUCACUUUGUGCUCCUUUACAACGGCGAGACUACGGAUCUGUGGCCGCGCAUGGGGGGCUCGCGCCAUCUUACCCGCCUGCCUCCCUCUGCGCUGUCCUCAGUACGUGCCGCAGACCGGACUGGAGCACGCAAGCCGGUGCCUUCCAGGGACGCUCCCACAAGCGGCUUCCGCAAGUCGCGGCAGCCUGACUCCAGCGGAGGAUCUGGAGCGGAGUCUGAGCCCUCUCUUUGUUCUGGGUCCCCAGUAAACAGCAGGGACACGGCUGGGGAGUCCUCCCUGGGGCCGCCCGAGGAAGAGCGCGAGGAAGAACAUAGGAGUGCGAGCCACCGGGGUUCCUAGCCGCCACAAGCAUUCAGCGACCCUGCUGGCGGCCGUGCCCUCUCCAGGACCUAUAAAAAGCUACUUUGUGACAAAUGCGGCCUCCAGCAGCCGGUCCCACCUGGGCACCCCAAGCCCUUCUGUCCCCCUCCUCUCUUUGAUCCUUGGUUGUCUUUAGGGGAAGGAGAGGGAGCUGCAUGCAGAAUGGAAGUGCAUCCUUCAGGAAGGGAAAAACUCCUGCUGACCUGUUUUUUCCUUCUGUGGCACAGCCCACCAAAUCCAGAGUUCCCAGUUGUGGCUGUUACUCAUCCUGUAGGAUCCUCCUGAAACUCCACGGCCUUCAUGACCUCUGCAGCCUGGCAUUAAGACCCACCCACUGUUCUGUGGAGUCCCCAGGAAAAAGGUCUUGGAUGCCCAUGGAACUCUGGGAACCCUACCCUAACUCCACUACUAUUCUGGUGCAGUGCUGGGGUUCCUUCUCAUUCUGUCCAACAUCUAUCUUCUGGCCUUCCAGACUCUAUGUAGAACACUCUGCACAGCCUAAAACCCCUGCUUACCUACAAAGGCUCUGGAGUUUGUUAGAGAUGGAGAGGCACAGAGGAGUUGCCAAGACAGGCAGUUCCCAGGAAGGAAGACACUAAGUUGGCAUUAGUGAUUGUUGCGCCCCUCCCCCAUAUUCAUGCUCCUAGUUAGUAUGGGUAUUUGAAAAGAGAACUCUGACCACAUCUUACACCAAAGUGGCCAGGACCCUGCCUGUAAGUCCCUACAGCCAAUCCUUGUGUUACACCACUCCUAUAAAACUCCAAAGACCUCCUACUAACUUCCAAAAGGCCAUGCUCAAUUGGAAUACUCUCUUGCACAUCCAAGGUGGCAGAUUCCUCUUCUUUGCCCUUCCUUCUGACCUUUAAUUGGCCCCAAACAUCAGGCCCAGCUCCAUCACAUGUGGGAGAAGUGCAGACCAGUCCCUCGUUGUUUAUUGGAGCAAAAUCCCUCAGGAGGUAAGGAAACCUGCCUUGCACAGUAGUCUAAACUGUGGCAUGAUGUCUACAUUGCAAUGACCUGGCCACCAGUAGAGGGCUCUGUCAACUGCUGUUCCAUUCCAGGAACCCUUAACAGAACAACGGAGGCUCAGAGAGGUAAAGCGAGGCCCUCAGGUACCAGAGGAAACGAUCAUAGAGACCCUACUUAGCUCAUGAGCAUCCUGUAUCCCUCCACACACCCCACAACCCUUUUCCAUUCAGACUACCUGCCCCACCCCAGAUGUUCUAGUCUACUCUCUUCCAAGUCUAGUCUUCCUGCUAUAGCCUAGAGCAUGAGAUACGAGGUGCAGUACAAGCACAAUCUUGCCCUUAUGUGACAAAAUCCAAUGUCUCUUGUAGCAGUCUAGGAAAGAGCCUGUCCCUGUCAGUGGGUCUCUGGCCUGUCUGCUCUGAAGCCCACUAAAACUAGGAAAAUGAAGACCAGAUUCCCCAGAGCCUAAGUACCUAGAUCUUAGUGAAUCCACACCUGUUACUGGGGUUAGGGUCACCUUUUUGGCUGAUAUCCAUGGUGCUGUACCUGUCACUACAUUCUCAACUUGGGCUACCUCCAAGUGCUAUUUCCGUAGCCUCUCCCCCUCCUCACAGUUCCCUGACCAAGUCUGAGCUGUGUACCUUGAUGGCAUUGCUAAUGUCAUAAAUAUUUCGGCUCUCAGUUGCCACAUGGAGUUUCAUCCCUGUCCCUUCCACUGGGGAGGGGGGUUAGCUCAUGUCAGCAGAAGUGACAAAGCUCCCAGGAGGGAGAUGCUUCCAUUGCUGUUUGUGUGUGUGGGAACAUGGAACCUCUACUGAGACCCUGAUGUUACUUUUUUUAUUUUUAUUUUUUGAGACAGGAUUUCUCUGUGUAGCUUUGUAGAUCAGGUUGGCCUCGAACUCACAGAGAUCCGCCUGCCUCUGCCUCUGCCUCUGCCUCUGCCUCUGCCUCUGCCUCUGCCUCUGCCUCCUGAGUGCUGCCUGUCCCUGAGACCAUGGUAUAACAAAUACUUGGUAGUAGCCUCUCCUACUCUGCCAACCACAGGCUCCCCAAGGGCUUGGGCUGUCAAUGAAUAAAAAGGUUCAAAGACCA